AUGUUGUCAGUAUUAACGAAUAAUGGUGGAAAUGAUAAACUUUAUUUACGUUGCAAAGAAUAUUUUGAAAGAGAUGGCGUUAUAAAGCUUUUUUUCAGAGGAAGAUGGAUUUGCAUGAUAACUGAUCCAGUGAUUGUUAAAGAAGUGUGUUUACGAACUGAUGCUUUUCCUAAGUUAAUGUUUGAUGAGAUUAUACCAAAUUCUGCGUUUGAGCGGCAUUUUGGAGUUAAUGUUGUUCAUUCAAAUGAUGAUGUUUGGAAGAGACACAGACGUGUUUGCAAUCCUGCCUUUAAAACUUUACCAAUACACCUUUUUGACAAAAAGGGAUUGAAAUUGAUUGAUGUUUUAGAAAAAGUCGAUAAUAAACCUAUUGAAGUUAGAGAUUUUAUGCAAAGGUUUACUUUAGACAUUCUUGGAAUAGUUGGCUUUAAUUUUGAUUUUAAUAGUCUUGAAGACCAGAAUAAUAUCUACGUAACAACUUAUAAUGAAGUUCAGGAAUUGCUUAAAAAUCCUUUUUAUUCUAUACUCCAUCUUGACCGCAUUCCAUUCAUAAAACAACUAGUAUUUAGAAAAGUUGAUAAGUUAAAUAAUUUAUUUGAGGAUAUUAUUAAAGAAAAACGUAAAUCCUUAGCUGCUGGACAUUCUAAUGGUGAUCUUUUGGAGCUGAUGUUAAAAGCAUGUGAAAAUCCGGAUAUUUCUAAUAAUCAAAUGUUAUCGGAUACUGAACUAAGAAAUAAUUUAGCUGUUUUUAUGGUUGCUGGUCAUGACACAACGGCAGUGGCUUUAUCGUCUCUUCUAUAUCUUUUAGCAAUUCAUAAAGAUGUUCAAAAAAAAGUUCGAGAAGAAAUCUUAAGUGAACUUGGUGAUAAUCUAACACCAUCAGUAGAACAACAUGCGUCAUUAAAGUAUUUGACCAUGGUUAUUCGUGAAAAUCUUAGAUUAUAUCCUCCGUUCGCAGGUUUACAAGUACGCGUAUUAGCUGAAGACUUGAAGCAUAAGGAUUUUUUGAUUCCAGCUGGCACACCCAUUAUUCCCUUUUUAUAUGGAAUACAUCAUUCUCCGAAGCUUUGGAAAAAUCCUGAAGAGUUUUUACCUGAGAGAUUUGAAAAUGAACAUGAAAAUUAUUCUUGGUUGGCUUUUGGUGGUGGAUCUAGAAUGUUAGUUGAAUUCUUUAUACUUGUCUUAAUUUUCUUAUUUUGGUGA